AUGAAAAGUACUCUUGUUCAUCCUCAGGCAACCAACCACGGCAUGCACCACCACCAUCAUCAGGCGGAUGCCGAUCAGAAACUACAGGUAAUAACAAAUAAUGACGUCGUUAUCACGGCACCGUUAGGAUUAGACGAAGAUUCCUCCUCCUCCGAUGAUCGUCAAUAUAAAGCUCCCAAUCUUCUCCGACGAAUCCUUAGCCUUGUCAAAAACAUUCGACCAGGAACAAGCCUCAUUAGUUUCCAAUUGCCGCCGGAGUUUAACAUUCCAAAGUCAAUGCUUCAAAUAUAUGGAGAAACAGUAUGUUGCGUGAAUAAGGAAAUGAUAGGAAAAUGCAACGAAGGAAAAGAUCCAAUUGAAAGAUUCCUUAAUGUCCUCGCAUGGAAUUUAUCGACAUUUCGGUCUCUCCCAUUUGGCGUGGCUCCAUACAAUCCAAUCCUCGGCGAAACACAUCACAUUUCACGAGGAUCUCUCAACGUUCUCCUCGAACAAGUUUCGCAUCACCCUCCUGUCUCUGCUCUUCAUGCGACCGAUGAUAAAAACAGAGUCGAAAUUAUCGGUUGUCAUUAUUCGGUCCCGAAAUUUGUUGGAAAUGGAGUAGACACUCAAGUUCUUGGCACGAGAGAAUUGAAGUUAUUAAACAAUGGAGAAAACUAUGUUAUGAAUCAUCCUAGGCUUGUUAUAAGGUUUCUACCGGUUCCUUCUGUUUUAUGGUCGGGUAAUGUCUCUGUUUUAUGUGAACAAAGUGGUCUUGAAGCUCGGUUAACUUUUGGAGGUGGUUUCUUUCUUGGUAGUAAUUCAAGAUCUGUUAGAGGAAAGAUUAUUCUACGACCUAGUAAUAAAACACUUUACGAGAUUAGUGGUCGAUGGGAUGGAGUUGUCUCGGCCAAAGAUGUGAGUAAUGGAAGUAUGCGGGUCGUAUAUGAUGCCAAAGAAGUGCUUUCGGGGCUCAAGACACCUACCUUGGAAGAUCCACAGGGCUUGUGGGGCACGGACUCGAUUCUUGUAUGGAGAAAGGUGAACGAGGGCAUAGUGAAGGGACGAUGGGACGAAGCAAGAGAGGCAAAGACGGAGGUUGAGGAGAAGGAAAGAGCGUUGGUUAGAGAAAGAAAUGAAAAAGGAGAGUCGGUGUCGCCAAAACAUUUUUCGAUCUCGCACACCAUUGAAAAUGGUUGGCAUUGUUUGCCUCUUCAAAAAUCUGUCUCAUUGGCACCUCUAAUUGUACCAAUAUGAUGAUGAAUUGUAAUAUUGCAAAAUAGUUUCAUUAUUUUUUAAAACAUAUACACAUUUAAAUUAUUAUUUCAUUAGUU